AAUUAAACUGAAAGAAAGUGAUGUGUGCUGGAAUAUUUGAGAAAGAAGAAAAGAAGAGAAAACAGAGUAAAUUUGAUUCCACCGGCCAGCAAUUUCAUGUUUUUGCUUUAUUGAAUCUCUGAUUAAUUCAGCUCAGAAGAGCAAAACAAAGGGAAAUAUAUCAAGCAGUGCGAUGAGGCUCGCAGCUGAAGUUUCGAAGGCGAUGAGGAAUAGAAUAAUCCCCUCAAUUUCACUUAUUAAACUCCCGCCGGAAGCGGUGGCGCCGCCGUCAAUCAGACAAUUUUCUUCAAGCUUGAGCAAUUCCACGCACAAUCCAGUUGCCGUUGAAAUGAUAAAGUACGCCACCUCUCUCGCCCGUGAACAGAAAACAGAGGAAUCAUAUGCCCGAGGACUGUUGGUGUUGGAACAGUGCGAGUCCACUCAGUUUGAUGAUAACUCUAAGGGUUUGGUUGAACUCGCUCGUUCUACCUUAAUGUUUGAGAGAGGGCUCCAUGAGUCAGCAAUUGAGAGACUUGGAAAAAUUCAAGAACUGAGUUUGUCUUCUAUUGCCAUUAAAGUUGCUGCUUCUGAAGCUCUAGGUGGAAUUUACUUAGAACAUUAUCAAGAGGAUGCUGCAUCGGCCGUUGCAGAUUUAGCUCUUCAAAUCAUAGGAUCAAUCAGAUUAGAAAUUGGCGAUGGGGGUGGCUUUGAGAUUUUAGAAACCCGCAUUAAAGCACUAAAAGGUCUAAUCGAGCUAAGUCGUGGUAAUCUUGACUCUGCACGUUCGAUCUUUGAUGAAGUCCAAGGACAUAGAUUUUUCAUCGGCAAUGCUGCCCUUUCUUGUGGCGAAUAUCUUCACGGAAUGCGAAAUUUCUCGACUGCAAAGGAAUUGUAUAAGAAAGUAAUUAAAGAGAUAUCCGAGAAUAAAGGUUUUUCUGAUCCAAACAACAUUGGAGCUUGUAACAUGGCUGCAGAGGAAGUUGAAAUUGCAGCUGCUUGUGCUUUAGGACAACUCGAGGCUCAUAUGGGGAACUUUAAUGAUGCGGAGGAGAUAUUGACUGCCGCAUUGAAGAAAACGGAAGAACGCUUUGGUGCUCAUCAUCCGAAAGUUGGUGUAGUAUUGACCUGCAUUGCGCUCAUGUAUAAACUGAAAGCCACAGUGGAGCGCUCGAGUUCCCUUUUAAUCCAAGAGGGCCUUUUCAGAAGAGCAGUAGAAUUGCUUAAAGCUCCACCGUUGGAUGUCGACGGUGAGGCGAGUGAGAAUGUUUACAGAAAAGAUAUUAUCGCAUUUGCCAGAGGUGGGUAUGGAGAAACACUUCGUGUGCAAAAGUCGAGAAAAGCAGAAGGGGAAAGAUUGAAAGAGUGGGCGGAAAAUGGAUGGGGAAACCGAUGCAUGUCCCUCGGGGAAGCUCUAGAACUUUCCGAGACUUCAACUAGGGUUCCGGUCAUAGAUACUCGAAUAUGCAGGGUCCUUCUCUAGUUUAUUUUAACAAUACUGUUACAUGAUAUUUAUAAUAAUCUCACUGUUUUAUAUAUAUCAACUGACAUUUUGAGG